AUGCCGACUCCCUUUAUCCCCAGCAACAUUCUCAGGCGCGCUCGUGGCUGUGUCGCAUUUCUGGCGCAUCAAGAAGGCCACUGGAUGGCAAGCAAUAGGCUUUUGUGUCUUUGCAUUAUACUAACAGAGCCCUAUAAGUCACCGGCGGGGACCCUUGAAUCAGUAUUCUUGAUUCUCAUCCUUACCUUGGACCUGGACCUGGACCUGGACCUGGACCUGGACCUGGACCUGGACCUGGACCCUGAUCCCAUCAUGGAUGCGAGGCACGUCGCUCUCCAGGAUUUGUUCAAUCGCUGGAAUUCGCCAUGGUCCAGCCAGCCUCGUACGUGUGGGUUGUUGAUAGUUGCUCUGGACAGCCUGAAGCAUGUCAGACACCACUGUGCUACUGAAUGCUGGCCAGAAAUAACACACACUCACGCGCAAGUUGUGCCGCUGCCACGCAUCUUAGACACAGCAAGGCAGACUCAAGUCCACGAAGCCAGCGAUGGCAUCCAUCGUCUGAUGCCACCCGACAGGACAAUCUCCUUCGGCAUCGACAGGGAAAGUUUCAGGCGCAGCGGGAUUCCCGACGAGAUCACGGAAGUCGUCAUCAGCUCAGCCGAAGAGAUCGUGUCGUUCAUCGGAAGACAAAACCUGGGGAUCGGCUUUGCCCACACGCCAGGCUCCGACUCUACCGUCUUCGACAUCAGCUACGACCCAGGUCUCCCUCCCUCAGCCCUGGCCCAGUCCUUCUUCCCAAGCGACCCGCGGACAAAAUGGAAGCUGCGCAUCUCCCAGGCCGUAGUCACCCCCCGGUGCAAACUCGACUACCUGCCCAACAUCCUCGGCCACGAGUUCGCGCACAUCCUGGGCCUACGCCACUGGAAUGCCCACGCCCACGAGCCGGAACGGUCAUUUCAUUGGCCUAAUACCAGGUGGGGGUGUAAAAGGUCUAUCAUGGCCACUGAUGUUGACUUUGAAUAUAUGCGGUUCUCUGAGGAGGAUUUCCGAGUCAUCCAAGAGAUGUACUCGUUUCCCAAUGGAUACGUGCUCGCCGGUCGGAAGAUAAUUGACGUCUGCACGUAGAAUUCAUCUGAUAUGUCACUGUUUGGGAGUUCUUUCACCAUUUUCUCUUCUGCCCCCCCUCGGCUCUUGUAUUUUGCCUGGUCGUUAUCAAAAGCACUUUAAGAGUUUGUUUUGAUACAUUUCACACGCAGGCAUGAAUGCAUCAGUGGCACAAGUAUACAUCAAC